CGCUCUACAAAAACCGUCUGCAUACUGGCCGCUGUCAGAGUGAAAAGGCAAGCGGGCUGUUUGAACUACCUGUGAAAGUAAACAGGUAAACACAGAGCGAUAGGCUCUCCAAGUGGAGUACGUCCACUUAGCCGGUGCACAUUUACCUCUCCUUUUCCGAAACCCUCGGCUCAAUUGAUCAAAUAGUAUAUCCCCAGCAACUGACCACAUUCUGCAGCCCAGUGCGCACCCAUGCACCGUCACCAGACCUACUGUGACUCCCCCUCCCCGUGUCAUUGUGCCACCCACGGCAGAACCAAAGCAGAAUGACACGGAUGGUAACCCUGCGUGCUCAAACAUACCAUAAUUUGGCUCCAUACACUUUUAGGGCACUGAAUAAAUCUCAACGAAAUAAUGUUGUUGCAUGGGCCAAAGUCAGUUUCCUGAUGAGGUGCGCAUAGAGGCUGCAGCCUGGGUCAUUCCUCCGUGGUGCGUAAAGCUUUCUUGGUGUCUUCUGUGGGGUGCUUGUCCCUUCACAUGUCGGAUUUAGCUGUGCAGCAUUACUUGGUGGAUCAGGUUCAUGUGUUGAGACCAACCUUAUAUGGACUGAUCGGACAAGCGGAUUGUCCGAAAAGCUGGUGCAGCAACUUUCCCUGCAUAUUCCCCCCCACCAGAAUAUGUCGUUGACCAACACAAAGACGGGCUUUUCUGUAAAGGACAUUUUGGACCUUCCUGACACAAAUGACGAAGAAGGAUCUAUCACCGGAGCGGAGGAAGACACGGAGGGAUCGGAGACCACGUCCACGACAAAAACCACUGGAGUUUUGGUGCAAAGUCCUCUAGAAAACGUUCAAAAUCUGCCUUUAAAGAACCCCUUUUAUGACAGUAGUGACAAUCCUUACACACGAUGGCUUGCAACAACGGACAGUAUUCAAUAUUCAUUGUUUCUCCCGUUUCUUGCCGCAGUGCACGGUCUAUCCGCCAGCUCUCAGGACUCCGCCAAGUCCCCGGAGCCUUCAGCGGACGACGAAUCGCCGGACAACGACAAGGAAACUUCCAGCAGCGGCGGGAGCGACUCCGGCAAGAAGCGGAAAAGGAGGGUGUUGUUUUCCAAGGCACAGACCUAUGAGCUGGAGCGCCGCUUCAGACAGCAGAGGUACCUGUCCGCCCCGGAGAGGGAGCACCUGGCCAGCUUGAUCCGCCUCACCCCGACCCAAGUGAAGAUCUGGUUCCAGAACCACCGGUAUAAGAUGAAGAGAGCCCGGGCCGAGAAAGGUAUGGAAGUGACCCAUCUCCCUUCUCCCAGGCGGGUGGCCGUGCCCGUCUUAGUCAGGGAUGGAAAGCCUUGUCACACUCUUAAAGCUCAGGACUUGGCGGCCACUUUUCAGGCCGGGAUCCCCUUUUCGGCAUAUAGUGCCCAGUCACUCCAACACAUGCAGUAUAACGCGCAGUACAGCGCCGCGGCCACGCCACAGUUCCCCACAGCACAUCACUUGGUGCAAACGCAACAGUGGACUUGGUGAGAGAAAUUAUAGAGACUUGGCUUGGAGGCGCGGUAGGGAGUUUCACCACAAAGCAAAGAAAAAAUAAAACACACAAACAAAAGACUUUUCAUUUUUGCAGCUUGACUCAUAUAUAUACUACCAUUUUUAUUCGGGGCUCAUGUGUGCGCCGUGUUUACAUGUUUUCGUUAAGAGAACUGGGUCCAAACCUCUCCCAUAUAGAUUUUAUUAAGAAUGUCAAUGCUCUUCUUGUGAAUUUUUUUUGUAAGUAUGUUGUGUGUUGGUUGUAGAGAUGUUUCCUCUUUUUUUUCUUUGUCCCUUCGUGUUAUUAUCAGCACGUACGAACCACUUUAUAAUUAUAGAAAUUUUAAUUUGUUGCUUCUUUUAUGGACCGAAAAAAAUAUUUAUGGCCAUGAAUAAACACUGGCAAGUUUUCA